UCGUUUAAAAAAGUGAUUAUCAUCAAGAAUGUGAGUAUUUGAAAGUGUCAAAUUUUGAGUCUACAAUAAUUUAUUGUACACCGGGUCCAUACAAGACCAAUUGUCAAAACUUAAUUUAAUUUUGAUUAAUUUUACAAAUUUAUAGUGAUCGGAGAUCGCUCUGGCCAAUAACUGGUUUCCUCCUAAACUUAAACGUCUAAACCCAAAGAAACAAAAAAAAAAAUUUGGCCAGAAUAAACCCUUGAAAUUUCUCUCUCAUUCUCCACUAUAAUCCAACAAUAAUAUCCACAAACAAUCCAUCAAAUUUCUGCGAAUUUCAACGACGCCUUGAAACUGCUCUCUUUUUUUUUCGUCAUUUUGAUCUCUAAUUCAACCUCAUUCAUGCUUACAUCUCCAAUGAUUGACCUGUUCUUUAUCAUUUUGAAAAAUUAGUCCUAAAAAAAACUAUGGAAAAGAAGGCCCAAAAGAAAAUGCUUAUAGAGAGGAAAAUACAACAGCCCCAGGAAAUCAAACCAUCACAAGGUGAAACAUCUUUUAGUUGUGAAAUCAAGCCGAGUCAUGUUGGAGAAUAUGAAACUCAUGAAAGAGAUCCUACCAUAAUCAAUGAUCAACAAUCAUGCGAUGGCAAUGACAAUGGCGAAACCUCUUUUAGUUAUGAUGAUACCCAGUUGGGUCUGAUUGGAGAAGAUGAAAGAGAUUGUGGGACUUUAAAUAAUCAACAUUCACCUGAUGCUAAUGACAAUGAAAACCAGCAAGAAGAAGAUUACACAUAUGAUAAUGACCUGAGUAUUGGUGAAUGUUUGCUUGGACGUGAAGUUUUAGAUCUCGAUGAUGCAUUAAAUCUGUAUAAGGCUCAUGCAAGAGCUCUUGGGUUUAGUGUUAGGAAGGGGACAUCAAGGAGAAGGUGCAGUAAUAGUGUCAUUUUUGAAAAGUACUUUGUUUGUUCAAAGGCUGGUUUAAGAAACAAAGGCAAAAAAGAAGUGCAAACGAAGAGCCUUGUUGGGAUUUCAACCACUGAAGGAUCUGCCUCAACUAUCAGUCAAAAGAAAAGGAAACUUAGAGUAGUCAAUGAGACACGCACAGAUUGCAAAGCAUCUAUACGGUUUAAGAUGGAUAAGGAAGGAAGAUUCAUUGUUGCUGAUCAUAACAUAAUACAUAACCAUGACUUUGUAAAACAGGAAGAAUGUCAUUGUCUAAGGUCAAAAUUAUCUACCUCAAAAUGUUUAGGCAAAGUUAUUGAAACAAUGGUGACUUCAGGUAGUAAGAAAAUGGAUUGCUGCAAGUACUUGUGCAUUGCAGAUAAGGAGAAAGAACUUGAUGGUCACACAAAGACAGAUUAUCUGAAUAUUGUUUCAAGGCUUAAGAUAAAGAAUUCAAAGGGUGGUGACGUGCAAAAUGUAUUAGAUGUCAUGCAACGAAGGACAACUGAUGGUAAUUCUUUCUUCUGCAGGGUAAAAAUUAAUGAUGAUAAUCAGAUUGUGAGCAUAUUUUGGCGUGAUUCAAUGAUGCUGGAAGACUACAUAGCGUAUGGGGAUGCAUUGAUAUUUGACACGACAUACAGAAUAAAUAGAUAUAAUUUGAUAUGUGCCCCAUUUUUUGGAAUAAACAACCAUUGGAAAACCACCAUGUUUGCUUGUGCCUUUAUUUUUGAUGAGAAGACGGAGAUAUUUGAGUGGCUCUUGGAAACCUUCAAGAAUUCUAUCAGUGGACUUGUACCAAAGUCCAUAUUCACCGACCAAAAUAUAGAGUUGACUAAUGCAAUUGCAAAGGUAUUCCCAAAUUCAAGACACCGUCUAUGUAUUUGGCACCUCCAAACAAAUUUUAUUUCUAAUUUUGAUAUGCUUAGAAACAAUCCUACUUUUAUGGACAUCUUCAACAAAUGCUUAACUGGAUGUGACAAUGAAGAAGAGUUUUUGAGGUGCUGGACAGAGAUGAUCAGUACAUAUGGCCUUGAAGAAAGUUUUGGGUUUUCACAGCUAUACAAAUUGAGGGAUAAAUGGUGUACGGCUCUAAGCAAAGACUUCUUUACAGCUCGAAUUUUGUCUUCACAAAAAGUAGAAGUGAUCAACAGGGCUGUAUCAUUUGGAGCUAAUCAGACAACAAGCUUAUUUGAGUUUUACCACAUUUUUGAGGAUACAGUGAAACGUUGGCGUAACAUUGAAGAAAUUGAUAACUUUAAAUGUUCAACUGAAAGACAUCCUGCAAGUGAAUCGCAAUGCAAACUCUUAAAACACGCAGCCGAAGUAUAUACACUGGAUUUAUUUGAUGACUUUCAAAAAGAGUUUGAUAUGGCAAUGGGUAGCUACAUACGAGCAGUUGCAAAUCACGGAUGUUCCAAGAUGUAUGAAGUUUCACUUAAUGAAGACUUUACACAAAGUCACAACGUUCAAUAUGAUGAUGAAUUCCUUGAACUUUCUUGUACCUGCAUGAGUUAUCAAGAAUGUGGCUUGCUGUGCUAUCAUAUUUUGAGGGUUAUGCACAUGCACUGUAUUUUCGAGAUCCCAAAGAAAUACAUUAUGAAACGUUGGACUAAGUUAGCAAAGUCUGAGAUUUGGACUAAACACAAAGAUGAUGAUGAUGCAUUAACUGUUGAGGAUAAGGAGCUGCAAACACCGUGGCGUCACACAAUGGCUCGUAGUUUCUAUAAUCUCCUGACCACAUGCCAAUUUAACGAGCAUGCUAAGAAAGUAUGUGAACAAGGGUUAAAUGAUUUGCGCAAUGCUGUCAAACCAAAAUUUUCCAACAAAUGAAAUCAACACUUCUGACGAUUACGAAGGCGAAGAGAAUGUGGUAACUCUAUAAUCAAAGAACUAAAAUGUGAGCAACUGGUUACUGAGGUGGUGCAGGAAUUGAGAAAUAGCAGUAAAGGCUGCAGUGAAUACAGCUGUGUACAUCAGUGACCUUGCUUGCUAAGCACUUAGAUGCCAAUGCAUUUGUAACGCCAUUCAGAUGCUGUAACUCUGUUUGAAACUUAGUAUGGUGCAUCAUCUUGCUGAAAUUUGCUGUCUGGUCUGAGCUAGGCAGAUCAGCAGAUGUUACUGGGCAUUUGGCAAAUUCUGCUGCCGUUUAUCGUCCUCUCAUCAGUGCCAAAUUGAUUAUAGUUUGCUGCACUAAGAUAUGAUUUGUGAGAGUCUGUAACAACUAUUUUGGUGUAUUGAGACCUUGAAAGCUAUUGGAAUUUGAAGAUAUGCAGAUGCAGAGAUGCUGGUUCUGGUUUCUGGAUUUUGAGGAAAAUAGAUAAAUUUGUGCAGCUUUACAGAACCUUGCAAAUAGUAUCAGUACACUGCUAUAUACUCCGUAUGAUCAGUGAUGAGCGACUGUCGGAUUUCAGAUUGCUAGCUGCAGCAGAUUUUGGACUUGCCCAGCAGAUAAGUUGUAAAUUGAGUCCAAGUUUUCGUCUUAUAGCUAUCCUUUUGAGAAUUAUGCUAUAGCUUAUAUUGUGUACUGAGAUAACCUGUGUUAGUCAUUGAUUGUACAUAACUGUUAGAUAUGUUGUAAAUACUGAUUUGAUCGUCGAUAUGAUUCAUAAACUACGAGUAGAAUGUAUUGUUUUA